UUAUCCAUUCAUCAGGGACGACGUACGGAGUAUAUCUCGGGGGUAUGCGAUUACCUGAAAGUACAGUACGGUAAGUAAAUACGGACGUACCUAAGAUGGAUUGAUACAUAUAUUCCGUACUCGAACCACACUAUGUCCCUCCGUCUGCCAUUAUCUUCUAUUGUCUUGUCCCGAAUCCAUGCAUGACUAUAGCGGGACGUCCAAUCGUACCUCGUUCUCCUCCGCUUGUACUCCGUCUACGAAAUCCUAAGCAGGUCAAGGUGAAUUCAAUGCAGGCGUCCUAAAGAGCCUGCUAUCUCAACAUCAUGUCCGGACUAGGCUCAGCACUCCUCCGACUCCGAAAGGACGACCGAAUACUGCAUCUCGCUCCCUUAAUAUCCUCCAUAUGCGUGGUCUUCGGGAUCCUGUGGCUGCUCCUCCUGCCUCUGGACGAGUACUCGAGAAACACCUACAUCUCCGAAAACGCGCUUCUGCCCGGACAAGUCCAUACCUACUUUGGAGGGAGCGAGCAUAAUGUGUUCCGCGCGUUCCGCCAGGAAGUGGCUGCGUUAGGGGAGGUCUCAGAAGCAGAACGGUCCGCAAAGCUCGAGGAACUACUUCUCUCUUCGGGACUCAAGGUUGCCCGGCAGCGAUAUCAUUACCCUGGUGUCGACGGAUCCUCGGGAGAAAACGUGUACGCCAUCCUCCAGGCCCCACGAGGGGAUGCUACCGAAGCGAUCGUCCUCAUUGGAGCAUGGACGAAUACAGACGAGAUUCUGAACCAGAGUGGGGUUGCGCUGGUCUUAACCUUAGCGCGAUACUUCAAGAGAUGGUCGCUCUGGUCAAAGGAUGUGAUCUUCCUCAUUUCGGGGGACAGCACCGCCGGACCGCAAGCAUGGGUCGAUGCGUACCACGAUGCCCACGACCAUCGGUAUGUGGAAUCGCUGACCUUGAAGAGCGGAGCGCUUCAAGGGGCCAUCGCCGUCGACUACCCGGCCGGUCCUUGGGGACAUCGUUUCGACAAGCUUCACAUCGUAUACGAUGGGGUCAAUGGGCAGCUUCCGAAUUUGGAUUUGAUCAAUACUGCAGUGUCCGUCUCCACCGGCCAAAUGGGUGUCAACGUCGCCUUUCAGCAUAUGUGGUCCCACGAGGACCGAUAUAAGGACCGACUCUCCACCAUGCUCCGGGGUAUGGUACGUCAAGGGUUGGGGCAUGCAUCAGGUCCGCACAGCGCCUUCAUGCCGUAUCAUGUUGAUGCCAUUACAUUCCAGACGGUCGGGGAUGGGUGGCAUGAUGAAAUGUCGCUUGGACGGACUCUGGAGAGCAUGUUUCGGAGUCUCAACAAUCUACUCGAGCACCUCCACCAGAGUUUCUUCUUCUAUCUUCUAAUGGCGCCGAAACGAUUCGUCAGUAUUGGGACGUACCUCCCCAGCGCAAUGGCGGUGGCAGGGAGUUUCACCGUCAUGUCGUUCGCGCUGUGGGUAAAGAGUGGGAGGAUCCAACAGGACGAAACCGAAUCUAAAAAUCCCGUUUCUCAAAGUGAGAAGCCCCCAGCAGAGAAGACCUCACGACCGAUGAAGAUAGAUCCGAAAGACCCUCGGUCAGUGCCCGGCACAAGGAAUGGCACUCGCAAGAUCUUCUCUCCUCUGAUCGUGCUCGUUGCUAUCCACGGCUUAGGCCUGGUUCCGCUUUAUUUGUUUAACUCUCUUGAGCCACAGACACUAUCAUCCGCGUUCCAACUCUUCACCGUCAUCACCCUACCUCUUCCCAUCAUCGUCGCGUUCAUCGUCGCAAAAAUAGAUCCGGCCCCGCUGCAAACUCUAUACAUCUUCCACUCCGUGUCUCUUCUCGCGCAUGGAAUGGCCCUUUCGGCUCUUGCCACUCUCAACUUCUCGCUGUCACUGUUCGUGGGGUGCAUUACGUCUCCGCUAUCAUUCUUGCGACCUUUACCCAGGCACGCGCUUGUGGCCGGAUGCGCCUUGACCUUUUGGAUGGUCCUGUCCCCAAUGACCGUCCUUCUGGCCGGCGCAUGGAUGUGGAACGCCGAGAUUGGGGGUCCGCAAGGCAUUCAGGGAUUACUUCAGCAAGCGGCGUUUGGUUGGAAAGUCCACGGAUUAUGGACGCCAGUUGUGGUAUGGCUGGUGUGGUGGCCGGCCUGGUGUGUUGGAGGAGUUGUCAGUGCAUCGUCGAUGUUUUUGCCUGCUUAGACUCCCAUCCAAAAGGUAGACGUGAAUUCACUCAACUAAUGGA